GAGAGAGAGAGAGAUAGCCAAGUAUGUCAUUAUAAAUAGAGAAUGUGAUGAUCAAUCUUCUCCAUCUGGGCAUUUUUCUGCAGUGUGAGAUGGAGAUGAUUGCUGCUAACAUCUGCAGUGCUUUGCCGUUGCUAGUGUUGUUGAUCCUCCUCAACACCACCUCUCAAUUGAUCACUGUGACCGUGGCGCAAUGGGUCCCCGCGACUGCCACAUUCUAUGGAGGCAGCGACGCUUCGGGGACUAUGGGCGGAGCAUGCGGAUACGGGAACUUGUACAGCGGCGGGUAUGGGAUCAGCAACACGGCACUGAGCACGGCGCUGUUCAACAACGGCGGGUCGUGCGGGGCGUGCUUCCAGAUCACGUGCGACCGGAGCAAGUCGCAGUGGUGCAAGCCGGGCACCUACGUCACCGUCACCGCCACCAACUUCUGCCCCCCUAACUACAACCUCCCCUCCAACAACGGCGGCUGGUGCAAUCCCCCUCGCCAGCACUUCGACAUGUCCCAGCCUGCGUGGGAGUCCAUCGCCAUCUACCGUGGCGGCAUCGUCCCCGUCUUCUACCGCAGGGUUCUGUGCCAGAGGAACGGCGGGGUGAGGUUCACGAUCAAAGGGUCGGGGACAGGGUGGAUUCAGAUGAGCAGGAACUGGGGCCAGAACUGGCAGAGCAAUGCAUACCUCAGGCGCCAGAGCCUCUCCUUCCGGGUGCAGACUGCUGACGGCCGCGUCCUCACCGCCUACGACGUCGCCCCCUCGUACUGGGGCUUCGGCAACACAUACACCACUAACCUCCAGUUCUAGUCACUGCUCAGUUCAACAUGUUCCUCUUUUUUUUUCCCUUCUCUCUCUGACCUGCUUUUCUACUUGUGUGUCAAUUCUUUCCUGAAGUACUUAGG